AUGGUAUACAAGAAUAAAAUACAUGAACCAAGUGGAACAAUAAAAUAUAUCAAGGAUUUUUCAUCAGUCAUCCUAAGUCUGCCUAACUACAACACUUCCGUACUUUCUACCCGUUCAACUGCGCUCGUAACCGGUGGCUCCAGUGGACUUGGGUUUGAACUUGCAAUGGAACUUGCCAAGAGAGUUAAUAAAGUUAUUGUGGCAGAUAUUCAAUCGUUUCCUACUUUUGCCCAAGAAGAAUGUAAUAAUAUUUUCUACUAUCAAUGCGACAUAACAAGCUUAGAUGAGAUUAAAAAAUUAAAGAAAGCUACUGAAAGAGAUCAUGGAAACGUUGAUAUUCUAGUAAACAAUGCUGGAGUAGCUCACAUCAAAAAGUUGGAACAUAUGACAAACAAGGAAGUAAAACAACUGAUCGACAUAAAUUUGAUAGGUGCUUACCGAAUCAUCAACACAUUUGCGGCAGACAUGAUGAACAACGAAGAAGGAUUUAUAAUUGACAUUGCUUCAGUCCUCGGAGAACUAACUCCUGCAAGGCUGACAUCGUAUGGUGCAUCAAAAGGAGCAAUGAUUGGUUUCCAUAAAAGUAUGUGCAGGCGUUUCAGCAGUUUACCCAUGAAAUAUAAUAAACCUGGAAUAAAAACACUACUAGUGUGUCCGGGAAAAAUCCAAACCAAUAUGUUUAUUGAUGUCCCUACACCAUCCAAGUUAUUAGCUCCUGAUAUUAUUCCUUCUCAACUGGCACUUGCGAUAAUCUCAGCGAUGGAGCAUAAUCAUUUGCAAACACUGAACGCCCCAUAUUACGUAAAUCUUGUUCCUUUUUUCAAAACUUUAAGUUGGCCAUAUAGACAUCUCUUAAAACAUUUCAGCGGGAUGGACCAUGUAACAUCCAUUCAGCCCACAACUAAAAAAGUUUGA